AUGGGAAAGAAAAGAAAUGUAAAACUAUCAAAGAUAAAUAAGAAAAAGAAUGUGAAAAAAUAACAAAAAUAAGGCAAACAGGUUUAAAGUUAAGGGAUUAAAAAUUUAGUACUGCGGAAUUUAGAGAGGAUAAACAAUCGGAAGUAUAAAGAUAUUAAUUAAAACUUAGAUAAUUAAAUUCAGAAAAGAAUCCUUAAUACAAGAAAAAAACAUAUAACAAAAUUAUCAAAAAUGAAAUACGUCGCUGCUUACGCUCUCCUCGCCCUCAACGGAAGCCAACCCUCCGAAGCUGAUGUCAAGGCCCUCAUCGAAUCCGUUAACGGUACCGUUGAUGCCACCAAGUUAUCCUCUUUCAUGAACGUCAUCAAGGGUAAGAACAUCGAAGAUGUCAUCAAGGCUGGUUUAUCCAAGGUUGGUAACAUCGGUGGUGCUGCCCCCGCUGCUGCCCCCGCUGCCGCCACUAAGGCCCCUGAAGCCAAGAAGGAAGAACCUAAGAAGGAAGAACCCAAGAAGGAAGAAGAUGACUUCGAAGGUGCUGGUGAUCUUUUCGACUUCUGA